AUGAAAUUGUAAUUGUAUUCUCUUUUUUCUCAAGAAGUGUAUUGCAAAAAUUAGACAUAAGUUGAAAGUUAAAUUAAGACAAAAAAUGAUCUAAAAUUAUAUGGUAACUCAAGAAUUGCAUCUAGAAUCUAAACUGUAAGAAAUGGAAAUGCAUGGAACUAAUUAAAUGAUGUAAUUGAUAAUGAAAUAUUAUAUUUAAAUUUGCCAUAAAUAAUAAUGAAAUAACAAUCAAUGUCUACUAAUAUGACUCUAGGUUCUUUAUAUUUUAAGGUGUAUUUUAAAAUUCAUUACCAUACAGAAUCUGGUAAAGCAAUAUACAUAGUUGGAGAUAAUAAAUAGUUGGGAAAUUGGAAUCCAGUAAAAGGAUUACGUUUAUAAUGGAAUGAGAAUGAUGAAUGGACUAUAUGUAUCAAAAUCGAUCGAUCUCAAUAUUAGAAGAUUGAAUAUAAAUUUAUUGUGAACAAUUACGAAAAUCCUAGUCUAUAAGCUAGUAUUUGGGAACCAGGAGAAAAUAGGGUAAUCACUACUCAUAUGAUUUAAAAUGAAACCAAAUCUGAAUAUUUUAAUUGUGAAUAUUGGGGGUAUAGAACAAUCAAGUUAAAAUUAAAUUACAAUUUAACUUAAAGAUAAAGGAUGAUGAUUGUCGGCUCUAUAGAGUAAUUAGGAUAAUGGAGUCAUCCAGUAUUAAUGAAGUGUUAAUAAAAGAUUGAUAUAUUGAAUGGAGAACCAGUUUAAUAAUGGUCUAUUUCGUUUAUUGUAGAUCCUAUGAAUUUUUCAUUUAGAUACUUUUAUGUAAUUAGAAAUGAUGAAAAUGGCUCAAUGAUAUGGGAGAGAGGAAAUGGAAGAUACUUAAAAUCGAGUGACUUAAGGUCAUUUAGAUAAGUUCAAAAUGCAUAUGCCAAUUCUCCUAUCAAAAUUAAAACAUAGUUAUUAGCCGCUUGCCAAAAUUAUAGAUUAUAAAAAUUUAAAAAUGGAUCCUUUUGUUCUGAUAGGCAACUAAAAAUCAAUAAAGAAACAAAUCUGGGUUAUUCCUUUUCUGAUAAAGAACCUUCUUUCUUUUAUUAUGAGUCUUUCGGAAGACUUAAUAAGUUAGAUUGGAAUUUUGUAGUCUAAUUUACUAUCUCCCAAAUAAGUGAAAAUAUUAUUAUUGGACCUUAUCCUCAAAAUGAAUAGGAUAUACUAGUAUUAAAAUAGAAUGGAAUUAAAGCUGUUUUAAAUCUAUAAACAAGGUUAGAUAUAUAUCAUAGAGGGGUUGAUUGGGAUGAGAUACAAAAUACCUAUAAAAAAAACGAUAUGGUUAUGAAGAAUUUUGAAAUUUUUGAUAUGGAUCCAGUUGAUUUUGAAAAAAAAGCAUUCAAAGCAGUCUAAAUGUUAAAAAAGCUAAUAAACAAUUAUGAAUUUGUUUAUGUACAUUGUACAUCAGGCAUAGGAAGAGCUCCUUCUCUGGUCGUAUUAUAUUUGGCUACAGUAUUAUAAGUACCAUUGAAUGAAGCAAUUUCAUUUGUAAAAAGUAAAAGAGAACAUUUCUACAUUAACCAUGAUAUGUUGCGAAAAUCAUUAUAAAAAACGACAAUGUAUAAUAAUGGUGAAGGAUAUGAAAAAGCUCAAGUAUACAAUUAAUUUUAAAUUGGAAGUCAAACCAAAAUCUAUGAAAAGAAAUUUGAUUAUAAUUUACUUUAUUGA